CCCGCCCUCCCUCGGCGCGCGCCGGCGUCGGCUGCGUCUCCGGGCAUUUGAAUUGCGCUUCCGCCAUCUUUCCAGCCCUCAGUCAGACGGGCCGGAGACGCUUCUGGAAGCACCAGCGCGAUGGCUGCCCAGGGAGAGCCCCAAGUCCAGUUCAAACUCGUGUUGGUUGGCGAUGGGGGUACCGGGAAGACUACGUUCGUGAAACGUCAUCUGACCGGUGAAUUUGAGAAGAAGUAUGUAGCCACCUUGGGUGUGGAGGUCCAUCCCCUCGUGUUCCACACAAACAGAGGGCCCAUCAAGUUCAACGUGUGGGACACGGCCGGGCAGGAGAAGUUCGGGGGGCUCAGAGACGGCUAUUACAUCCAAGCCCAGUGUGCCAUUAUAAUGUUUGAUGUCACAUCACGGGUUACUUACAAGAAUGUGCCUAACUGGCAUCGAGAUCUGGUACGAGUGUGUGAAAACAUCCCCAUUGUGCUGUGUGGCAACAAAGUGGACAUUAAGGAUAGAAAAGUUAAGGCAAAAUCUAUUGUCUUCCACCGAAAGAAGAACCUUCAGUACUAUGACAUUUCUGCCAAAAGUAACUACAACUUUGAAAAGCCCUUCCUGUGGCUUGCGAGAAAACUAAUCGGAGACCCGAACUUGGAGUUUGUCGCCAUGCCCGCUCUCGCCCCGCCAGAGGUGGUCAUGGACCCGGCGUUGGCAGCGCAGUACGAGCACGAUCUGGAGGUUGCUCAGACGACUGCUCUCCCGGACGAGGACGACGACCUGUGAGAGCGGCUGGAGCCGGCGUCAGAAGUCUAGUUUUAUAGGCAGCUGUCUGUGAUGGCAGUGGUGCGGCGUGUUUGCCACUUUAUUACAUAGCUGAGCAGAACGUGUGCUUCGUCUUGGGGAUGCUGAAUGAAGGAGACGGAUGGGCUUUGGAGUGAAUGUGGCAGUUGAAAAAGUACCUUCAUUUUUUGGACCUGCGUAUUUAGCUGUUUCGGAGCGCAGUUGUUUCCUUCCUGAGUUUCAAAUAUAAGACUGCUAUGGUCACAGUAUCCAGUGGUGAAAUUCAUUGUCACUGUCCUUCCCAUUCCUUUUCGUUUAGAAUCAGAAUAAAGUUGUAUUUCAAAUAUCUAAGCAAGUGAGCGCAUCCCUUGAUUGGUAAGCAUUUUGAAAACCACUAACGGGGAAAAUUGUGCCAUGUUACUGUGUAAAUUGCUAUGUUGUUAGUGUCACUUAGUUUGAAGUUUUCCAGGUUCCAUUCUUCUGUUUUUUUCGUACGUUUGAAUCAUUUCACACAAAUGAUAGGACAGAUGUCCCUAGUGUUCUGUUUGGUAAGUUGUCAUGGGGUGUGAAUACUGUUAGUGCGGUUAAGCUACAGUAAUGUUCAUCCCCCCCGCCUCGUGACUAAGUAGCGUCACUUAGGGAAGAGCUUGAGACGUACGUGAUCUCUCAGUAAAAGUGGUCCGUGUUUUAUUAAAGGACGUUUCAAAUAGGUAUUUUAAGAAUUACAGUUGCUGUUACUUUGUGGCAAAAGUAACCACGUUCUAAUGUAGAGCUUCUCAAAGUCCACUGAAACCGUACAAACGAUGGCAGGAACUUGAGAGGUCUCGUUUGUUAAAAAUGAUAUAAGCUGUGCAUUUAUUUGCUUUUUGUCUCGAUGUUCCAUGUUUGAUGUAAAGUUGGUCUCUAGGAAGGUGGUCUGUGUUUACCCGCUGCUUUCAAGUAUUCCCAAGCUUUAACGAUGCCCAAGAUGAAGGAUUCCCGUUGGACACCCCACAGCCUUCCCGGUUUUUCCAAAAGGAUUUCUGUGGCCGGUUCAGGGGCACAAAUACAGCAGGAAAAUAGAUCUUAGAAUGGCUUCUCAGUGACCGUGAAAGCAUUGCAGAAUUCUAUUGGCUUAAGCCAUUUAUUUUUGUAGGAUUUCCACAUUUAGAAAUGAGUGUUACCUUGUUUGAGUUUGGCCCCAUCCUCGCCUAUACUGUAGCAAUUAAGUCUUGAGUAAGCCCUUUUGCUCACGUGAGGACUGCCGUAGUUCAGUUUACCAAAGUUGUCUAGGUGUCCGCUUACCCUUAGACAAUUACUUUCCUACCUGAAAAGAUAGGGAUCACUUAAAUACAUGGAAAGACGAGAUCCAAAGGGUAGAAUCGAAGAAAAGUCAAUAUUGAGUAAAUGUUAUCAAUAGAUUGAAUUGCUGUAUGUGCUACACUACUUAGUUCAAAACCAGGUUUUAAGUCUGAAAUGUGAUCAGAUUCUUCAUCAUCGGGAUGAAACUUCAUUCAGAUCCUUAACACAAGGCACAUGUGUUUGUGACCCACGUGGAAUGCCAGCGUGAUGUGAAUAUUCAGAAUCUGAACUGUAACCGUUAAAUUUGGAAGCUGCUUCACUUACCUGUUUAAUAUGGGGUGGGAGAGAAUUUACAAGUCUUAAA